AUGAGCUCUGCUUCUGCGUCGUCGCCAUCUUCAACCCCGGCGGCGUCUUCCUCUUCGACGGCGCGGGGCUCGACUGGCGGGCGGCGCCAGCGAGUGCUCUGGGACAGCGACAGCGCCGUCCGCGGCGGCAAGACAUCCAUCGGCGUGCUGCUCGAGUGGCUGGCGACGCCCGGCAACUACGCUCGCUGGCGGGACGGCAAGUCGCAGACUGGCGAGACGCGCGAGACGCUGUGCUCCGAGAUCAAGAACGCCAUGAGGCAGCACGGCAUCCACCACCGCGCCAACGCCAACAUCCGCACGCAGAUCAGCGAGCUGGAGCGCGCCUUCGACGCGGCGCGCAGCUGGCUCAAGGAGAACGCCCUGGACCCGUACACGUUCAAGCGGCUGGACCAGGAGAACGCCGACGACGGCAACGAAGGCGUCAUGGUGGACGCGGAGCGCAGCCAGGCAGAGGCCCACGUGCUGCGCCUGUGCCGCUACUACCCGACGCUCAACGAGGUGUUCGGCCAGGACGAGGACAAGGGCAUCCGCGGCCGGCGCUACCACCGGCCGCUGAUCGUCAAGAAGCGCAAGCUGCCGGGGGACGAGGACGACGACAGCACGCAGCGCAUGCUGGCGGAGGCGGUACGGGAAGAGCGCGACCGCAAGAGGUUCUGCAUGGAGGAGGAGCGGCACAAGCUCGAGUGCGAGAAGCUGCGCUGUGAGGUGGAGGCGGCAAAGCUCAAGCUCACGAUCGACCGCGCUCUCGCACGUAAAAAGCUGCUGGACGCCGGCCUGCCAGAAGCGCAAGUGAACGAGCUCUUCCCCAAGUAA